GAGCUCCCCAGGUCCAACUCCUGCCACAUGUGACUCUCGAAACACCAAGGAGAAUCGCAUAACUCGUUACAACUCUAUCGCAACUAUCCGAUAUAAUCAAACAAUCCGCGAACAUGGCACAAGAUCCCAGAGCACUGCUGCAAAAGGCAGACAAAGCAGCUUCCGGUGCUGGAGGAGGAUUUAGUUUGUUUGGAGGGAGACAGGAGAAGUGGGAGAAUGCCGCGGAUCUGUAUACACAAGCUGCGAAUGCAUUCCGCAUGCAGAAACUCAAUAAAGAAGCUGGUCAAGCCUUCGAGAAAGCAGCGAACAUCCAAACGAACAACCUCAAGGAGCCAGAUGAUGCAGCAAAUACACUCACAGAAGCCUUUAAGGUAUACCGAAAGUCUGACCCACUAGACGCCGCUAGAUGUCUAGAUGUUGCGAUCAAUCACUACACAAUGAAAGGUAACUUCCGACGGGCAGCUACACACAAGCAGAAUCUGGCGGAGGUGUACGAGACGGAGAUUGGAGAUCAGAAGAAGGCCAUUGAGAGCUACGAGUUGGCUGCUAGUUGGUUUGAGAAUGAUAAUGCGGAGGCUCUGGCAAACAAACUCUACCUCAAGGUCGCAGACCUCGCAGCCCUAGAAAGCGACUACUACAAAGCUAUCGAGCAGUACGAGAAGGUCGCUGCCUCAUCCGUAUCCAACAAUCUCAUGAAAUGGUCCGUAAAAGACUACUUCCUCAAGGCCGGCCUUUGCCACCUUGCAUCCGGCGACCAAGUAGCCACCAAGCGAGCCCUCGACAAGUACAGCGAUAUGGAUCCUACGUUCCCCAGUCAGCGCGAGAGUCAAUUGUUAGUGGAUCUGUAUGAGGCGGUGGAAGCCGGUGACCAAGAAGCAUUUGCGGAUAAGCUGUUUCAGUAUGAUCAGAUGAGCAAGCUGGAUAAGUGGAAGACGGUUAUUUUGUUGAGGAUCAAGAAUGCCAUCGAGGAGAAGGGAGAGGACUUCUCGUGAUUGUAUGCUACUUUAGAGGGGUAGUAGGCGUUUUUCUUUUGAGUUAUGGGUGGAACGACAUAUUUUGCGAGAUCUUCAUGCAGUGCAUAUGACAGACUGGCAAGAUUUCUAUUAAGCACAAUGUGGGAGUCUGGAUGCCGUUGCCGAAAGGCACAUAUAAUGU